AAUAUGAAUUCUCAUUCACUACUGUCAAACAUUGAGAAUUGCGAAUAUUAUUUGUUGCAAUGCUAAAGAGCUACAUCAAAACCGUAAAGACCCAAUUCUUAAACCCUAGAAUUUAUUCGGCUGCUUCUGUUAAUCACUACUCUUCUUCCCAAAACCGGUCAGCUUAUAAUCCUGCACUUCAAUUUGUCCUGAAUGAAGCUCAGGAAUGUCAAUCCUCAAAAAUCCAGCGCAAUUAUCCUGUUCACGAGGAAGAGGAAGAAGAGUCUUCGCAGCAACCAGCUCUUCCCAGCAGCCAGAUUUCACAUCCAUGGCCCGAGUGGAUGGACUUAAUGGAGAAACUGUUGAAAAAUGGCUACUUUAACGAAAUUGGAAAUCCUUUCGCCAAUAAUGGACAAGUGGGCGGUAAAGAGGCGAAUUUGAUACGAACUGCUUGUUUGAAUUUUGCUCGCGAUCACUACCAACUUAUACGACACCUGUCACGAAAAGACAUUAUGGUAAUUGCUGGGUCUGGAUGUCCGAGCACGGAUAGGAAAGUUGCAAACUCGGGAAAGCGUCUAAGGGCUCAUGUAGGGAUAAAUGAAGGAAAUGUUUGCAGCUCUUGUAUUCUAAGAGGUGAUUGUGACAGAGCGUAUGUGACAGCACGUGAGGAUGAAGGGGGUAGAACCGUGGAUGUUAUGCGCUUUUUGUUGACAUACGGUCUUCAUCCCCUGAUUGGUUCUGUGGAAAAUAAGUCAUCUUUAAACAAAAAUGUUAAAGAAUCUGUCAGAACAUUGUUAAAAGAAAUGGUGGACGUCAAGGUUGAUGAGCAUGAUCACGAAACACCAAACGAAACUACUCAAAAUCGGACUCCAUCUACUCAAGAAAGUGGUGGCAACCAAGACCAGAGUCACACUCAUAUUCCGCUAAAGCAAGGUGAUUGGAUUUGUCCCAAAUGCAAUUUUGUUAAUUUUGCUCGGAAUGUCAAGUGCUUGAGGUGUAAUGGCCUAUUCCAGGAAAGGUUAAAAAAGUUAUCAGAAGAACAGGGGGAUCUUCCUUUGAAGAAAGGCGACUGGAAAUGUGACAAGUGCUACUUUCUCAACUUUGCUAGAAAUACGAGGUGUUUGCAGUGCAAGGAGAAUCCUCCAAAGCGGCAAUUGAAUCCUGGCGAGUGGGAGUGUGACUCGUGCAAUUAUAUAAACUUCAAAAGAAAUAUGGUAUGUCUGAAAUGUGACCACAGGAGACCGAUUGCAUCUCAAACCGUGAACAAGAAUAAUCAGACACAGGUUUGGCAUGAGCAAGAGUGGUUGAGUAGGUAUAAGAGGGAAAAUUCCUUCAAAUUCGUUGAGAGUGAAAAUGAAGAUCAAACUGGGUCGAGCUCAUAUCAAUCACCUGGUUUCAAGGACUUUCCAGUUGCUGGAGGUAAGAGCGACUUGUCCCGCGACGUGCAAAAGCAUGACUCAUGGAAAAGGGAAAUGGCAGUUAAGAGCAGAGCUGUGAUUCGUGAAACGGAAGAUUCGGGCAGACACAAAGCAUACAUAUUUCAAGGAAGAAGGGAGGAUCCUGCAUCAGGCGUUGAUGACGACAUGGCUGAAUGGUUUGGUAAGGGUCUGGGCAUAAUUUCUCCAAGCUUGGUGACUAUGUUGCCAAAUGGAGAAAAUCUGUUGUUCAUUCUGGAUAAUAAUAUGGGUUCUGAAGGAUCUUCGCAGGUUGUUGUACCAAGGAGCUUCAGGUUGUUGGAAGAGCUCGAGAGAGGAGAGAAGGGAAUAGGAGAUGGAACUGUAAGUUAUGGGAUGGAUGAUGCCGAUGAUGUAUACAUGCAGUCAUGGACAGGAACCAUCAUCGGUCCUCCUAAUACUGUACAUGAAGGGCGCAUAUACCAGUUAAAACUAUUCUGUGGGAAAGACUAUCCAGAUAAUCCGCCAAAUGUGAGGUUCCAGACACGGAUAAAUAUGAGCUGUGUAAACCUAGAAACUGGUGUGGUCGAACCCAAUCGCUUCCCUAUGCUUUCUAACUGGAAAAGAGAGUGCACAAUGGAGGAUAUCUUGAUACAGCUCAAAAAAGAAAUGAUGUCUCCCCAAAAUCGUAAACUGUCUCAGCCUCCUGACGGUAACGAGGAUGCUAGGUUGGAAAAAGGGAUAGUCAUCAGAUGCUGCAUUCUCUAAUUUAGCCAAUUAUUAUUGUUAUUAUUAUUAUUAUUAUUAUUAUCAUUAUCAUUGUAUACAUAAAACACUGUAAAAUGCCAUGUAGUUUGUGGAAUAUGUAUUAAUUAUCCAAAUGUAACAUACUCACUUCCGUUAUCCAUCCAAUAAUUUGUGUUAUUGUA